UACGCAUGCGUGGGAAGGAUCCAUGUGUGAUGGUGUAGGGGAUGGUUUGUAAUCCUCGAUUUAGCUGUGGAAAUGAUGAAGUUAUAGUUUUUUGCCUCAUGCUGUUGUUCAGGGUUUGUAGUGGAAAUAAAAAGGAUACAAUGCUUGUUGAGUCGAGUGAUCCGAAGAUUAUUUUGUCACUUUUGGAUGGGAAUGUUCUGUCAAUUGAUAUUAAUACGGGCAUUGUCUUGUGGUCUCUUAGUGAAGACCCGAUUUUGAGUAUUCCAGAUAUCAAUGCUUAUAGGCUUAAUUUCUUACCUAAUCCACAAGAUGGAAGUAUCUAUUUCUACAAUAAUCAAAAUUUGGAGCGUCUGCCACUUACAAUCCCAGAGCUCGUGCACAUGUCACCAAUGCGAAGUGCCGAUGGACUUCUAUACACAGCGAUGAAAUCAGAUAUGUGGAUGGAAAUUGAUCGUCAUAGUGGUAAAAAGCUUCACACUAUUAGCAGUGAAGGCUCCAUGUCUUCAUGUCCUGCAACGGAAACCUACACCAGAAGUUUUUUUAUUGCAAGAACAGCCUAUACACUACGUGUUUAUGACAGUGUGACAAAAGAGAAAAGAUGGGAUGCCACGUACUUGGAGUAUAAUUCAUAUUCAUCCACACCAACUAUUAACAGAGAUCACCUCUACUUCAGCUCUACUACGGAUGACAUGCUUAUUUCAAUUGAUCCUAAUACAGGUAAUAGCACAAUUUAUUGUACAUUUGGUAACCUUAAUCUGCGGAGUAAAGAGAUAUAAUCACUAUCACACACACGUUUAAGAUGUGCAACAG